AUGGUGGACACCCUCAAUGAGUUCAACCUGCGACCAUCAUCAGAAAAUGGGAACGCACGUCUGUAUGCUCUCAUCGCAGAACCAGCACUUCACCGAGAGAUCCUACUAGCCCAAACUUUCGAGCAGAAUUGUGAGUUCAUUCGGUAUCAAAUCCAAGAAGGAAAAACGUUACCAGGAUGGACAAUCGAGAAGGAUAACAGCCUAAGAUUCAAGGGAAAGGUGUUCGUACCUAAUAUUGGGACCCUUCGAGAAGGCGUACUCCGAGAAGCUCACCAUUCAAACUUCGCAGUACACCCUGGCGGUACAAAGAUAUAUCAUGACCUACGAAGAACGUACUGGUGGGAAGGAAUGAAGAAGGAUGUAGCCCAAUUUGUAUCUACCUGCCUAGUGUGUCAACAAGUCAAGGCUGAGCAUUAG